ACUCUCUGCAACCCACCAUCUGCCCCCGUGUCCCUUUCUCUUGUGCUGCAUUUUUGGGACUGACCCUUACACAGGAAAGUGGAGGAGAGACAGGAAAUGAGUGGGGAGAGAGAGACGGGGAAGGAUCGGCAAAUGACCCGGUCCGGAACCGAACCCGGGUCGCCGGCGUAGUAACACAGUGCCCUACCGCUAGGCCACGAUGGCGUUGAAGGCUGCUUUCCUCACAGCCCUGUGCCUGAUCACAGUCAGCAAAGGUGCCCCACCACUGGAACCAGACUACGACCUGGAGAGCUACGACGGGGAGCCCGACCCCUGGGAUCUCAAUAACUAUUCGGAAGGCUAUGACUACGACGACGUCGAUGAAGAGAUCGAAGUGGGUACAGUGGCCCCCCCUCCUGCUCCCACUCCAGAGCCACCUGCUGUCAUGCCUGGCACAGAGGGGGAGGUGGCGGGGGAGGUGGAGGAGGAGGAGGUGGAGGAGGCAACUCAGCCUGGCCUCCCCACCGCCGCUCCCACUCCCCCCGUACUGGAUUUCACCGGCCCCGGAUUAUUUGGCCCGGAAACUGGAUUAGACAUGCCCACUUGUUUGCUGUGCGUGUGCAUCAGUGGUAGCGUCUACUGCGAUGAUGCGGAGUUGGAGCAGAUUCCUCCUCUACCAAAGCGCACCACCCACUUCUACGCACGCUUUAACAAGAUCCAACGCGUUCACAACAGGGACUUCAUCAACUUAAACCAGCUGAAGCGCAUCGACUUGUCAGGGAACCAAAUCUCUGUUCUUGAGGAGGAUGCGUUCCGCUCCCUUCCCCAGCUGCAGGAGCUGAUCCUGGCUGACAAUCAGCUCCAGACACUACCAGAGCUCCCGCACACCCUGCGGCAUCUGGACGUCACCAGCAACCAGCUGAGAAGCACUGGACUACACAGUGAAGCCUUUAAGGAUCUGAGUAGCCUACAGUUCCUGCAUCUGUCAAGGAACCACUUAGACUAUGUCCCCGUGCCACUGCCGGAGAGCUUACGAGUCCUGCAUCUUCAGAACAACAACAUCCAGACGCUCCACCAAGACACGUUCUGCAACAGCCACAACGUGCACUACGUACGACAAGCGCUGGAGGACAUUCGACUAGAUGGCAACCCCCUGCGCGUCAGUCUCUACCCUCGGGCCUACAUGUGUUUGCCACGCCUUCCAGUUGGCUAAUUACUAUUGAAAGGGCCAGUCCACAUGAGCAACAUUGUUAUACACCACUUCAUUGGUGCCACUAUGGAUAUAUUUUGUAGAUGUCCUUUGUAUUGUAUUUCAUUAAAAAAUACAAU